CACCACUAAAACGCACACACACAGCCACACACUCAUUGAAAAAGUCGGAGAAUUGUGUGGAAAAUUUAAUUCGUCUAUAAAUCAAAUGCGAAACGCGUAAAUACUGCAAAUGCAGACGUCUAAAGUGAAAACCAAAGUGUAAGCCUGCAUUUUGAAACGCGCGCAGGCAGUUUUCGCAGGGCUAGAAGUACAUGUUGUCGUUGUCGCUGCCCCUGCCCCGUUGUCGUUGUCGUCGUUGUGUGUGUGUGUGUGCGUGUGAAGAGUGAAACCUACAGCUUUACUCCCCAAACCAAGAGCAACAACAACAGCAGCACCAGCAGCAGCAGCAAUAAUAGCAGUUGCAGCAGCCGCCGCAACAAUAUCAGGCAACAGUGUUGAGACUAAAGAUGGCGACAAGUCGCACCAGUCGCAUACAACAACCAAAAAUUUUCCCAUCAAUAUUUUCCAAACUGCACGGUGCCAUCUCGGAGGCAUGCGUCUCACAGCGUCUGUCCACGGACAAGAAAACGCUCGAGAAAACAUGGAAGCUGAUGGACAAGGUGGUCAAGCUGUGCCAACAGCCCAAAAUGAAUCUAAAGAACAGUCCACCCUUCAUACUGGACAUACUGCCGGAUACGUAUCAGCGUUUGCGUCUUAUCUACUCCAAGAACGAAGAUCAAAUGCAUCUGCUGCACGCCAACGAGCACUUCAAUGUGUUUAUCAACAAUCUAAUGCGAAAAUGCAAGCAGGCCAUUAAACUUUUCAAGGAAGGCAAAGAGAAGAUGUUUGAUGAGAACUCACACUAUCGUCGAAAUUUAACCAAACUCAGUUUGGUCUUCUCACACAUGCUCAGCGAACUGAAGGCAAUAUUUCCAAAUGGUGUGUUCGCUGGCGAUCAAUUUCGAAUUACCAAAGCGGAUGCGGCUGAUUUUUGGAAAAGCAAUUUUGGCAACAGCACAUUGGUGCCUUGGAAGAUCUUUCGUCAGGAGCUCAAUAAAGUGCAUCCCAUUUCAUCCGGUCUGGAGGCAAUGGCACUAAAGACCACCAUCGAUUUAACAUGCAACGAUUAUAUAUCAAAUUUUGAAUUUGAUGUAUUUACGCGUCUCUUCCAGCCUUGGGUGACACUGCUACGCAAUUGGCAGAUACUAGCAGUAACCCAUCCUGGUUAUGUUGCCUUUCUAACUUACGAUGAGGUCAAAGCGCGUUUACAACGUUAUAUACACAAAGCUGGCAGCUAUGUGUUUCGCUUAAGCUGCACGCGUCUGGGGCAGUGGGCCAUAGGCUAUGUGACGGCAGAUGGAGAGAUUCUGCAGACGAUACCACAAAACAAAUCGUUAUGCCAGGCGCUGCUCGAUGGGCAUCGCGAGGGGUUUUACCUAUAUCCCGAUGGUCAGGCGUAUAAUCCAGAUCUAUCAUCGGCAGUGCAAAGCCCCACCGAGGAUCACAUUACUGUUACACAAGAGCAAUACGAGCUGUACUGUGAAAUGGGCAGCACCUUUCAGCUUUGCAAAAUCUGCGCUGAGAACGAUAAGGACAUACGCAUAGAGCCCUGCGGUCAUUUAUUAUGCACGCCCUGUCUGACAUCCUGGCAGGUGGACUCGGAGGGAGUGGGCUGUCCCUUUUGUCGCGCCGAAAUCAAAGGCACCGAGCAAAUUGUUGUGGAUGCAUUCGAUCCACGCAAGCAACACAAUCGCAAUGCAACUAAUGGACGGCAACUGCAGCAGGAUGAUGAUGAUACUGAGGACAUGGGCGACUUCAACAUAGCGACCAGCUCGCUGCAUGCGCUCAGCAGCAGCUGCAGCGCUGCGACAGAGAAGCACAGUCCGCACACAUCGCCGCGUCUGGGCAGGCGCAGCACCACGCCCAGCCUGAUGGCGGUGCAGAAUGAUCUCUAUGCUGGCCCGGGACCACCGCUAAGCUUACCCAGCAGCAGCAGCAUAGGCAGCACAACACAGCAGCAGCCAACAGCGCCGCCUGCUGCCAGCGUGCUAAGCAAUGGCUGCAGCAGCAACAACAACAGCAGCAGCAGUAGCAGCAGCAGCAGCAACAGCAACGCUACACAGAAGAGCAGCAAUCGCAUGAGUGCGCCGCUUAUGGGCGCCGCCAGCUAUGUGCAGAAGCUGCCGCAGAAAAUUGAUGGCAGCAGCGUGGGCUCUGCCAGCGUCGACAGCAGCAGCAGCGUCAGCAGCUAUGCCAUACUUCAAAAUCUGCAGGAAGUUGCAACGCCCAGUCAAGCAGCAGCAGCUGCAGCAGCGCCGCCGCUGCCGCCACGCAAAUCACCUGGAGUGGAUACGCCGCUUAAGCCCAGCGCUAGCAAAAGCAUAGACAACAUACAGUGCAGCCUGGAUAAUGUGCCACCGCUUACAACAGCGCCGCCUAUACCGCCGCAUGUGAGCAGCAGCGUUGAUACUUUAGCCGAGGAUCUGAUGCGACAGCAGCGCAUUGCCAGCAGCAAUAAUUCACCUGUGCUAUCGCUGCUGGAUGAGCUGCAAGUCGAAGUGGGUCCAGCUGAAACUAUAAGCGGUGUCAUCGAUACACGCCCAUUGGAGGCGCGCCUGCCCAAAGUUACACAAGAUGCCGCCAGCUCGCAUUAUACGCAGCUCUGCACUACAACGACAAGCGCUGCAGCUUUGCAGCAGCUCGCCAAUGGCAAAAGGCCAACAGCCACGCCCACAGUUACGCCACUAGCAACGCCCACAGCAGCAACCACACACCAGCAGCAGCAGCAGCAACAUCAACCCUUGCUCUAUGCCAACGUAACGAUCAAUCAAAAAGACUGCGGCUCUGUGCCCUAUGAGAAUAUCAAUCUGGAGUAUAUAGCCAGACUUAUGAAUGCUGGCUAUUCCAAGGAGAAUGCUAUAACUGCUCUGGGCAUAUCACGCAACAACAUCGAAAUGGCUGGCGAUAUAUUGCGCGAGUUUGUCUCCAAGAAUAGCGCCUAAGUGCCACGCCUGCCCCGCCCCCCAAAAAGCCCCUAACCCGCCAUGUGUGAUCCCUUGUUAAAAAGUAAAAAAUACGAUAAAGCUAAGGCAACUUAUAAACAUUUAGUAAAAGCUGUUGUCGAUACCAAAACAAACAAACAAAAACCAAAAAAUAACAAAAAGUCAAAAACUUCAAUUUCAUUAAGCGCUCUCUUUCUCUCUCUCUCUCCCACAUACACUCGCUCGAUUUAUAUAGCAAAGUGCUGCAAAGCGAAUUGUAACUAGUUCGGUAACUAGUUCGUUGCUUUGCAGCGCUUUUAUAUAUUAACUAUAUAUAUAUACAUAUAUACUUUCGUAUUUCGCUUUAAGAGCACUAAUACUUCAUCUAGAGUUACGCUAAAUUAGCCUGCCCCAAAUCCACAUUAAUCUUCUUACACUUGGCGUAGCCAGAGCACAAGCAAUUAGGCAUUAAAAAUUAAAUUUAAAUUUUUAAAAAUUCAAUCGGUUCUAACUACGUAUAUAUAUUUAU